GAGAGAGAGUAAUAGAGUGUAUAGAUAGAGAUAGUCCAUCCUCCGACGGUCUUUUCUCUUUCUCUCUCUAUUUCUCUUCAAAGAGUCUUAAACAAUGGCUCACCUAUUCAGAGACCUAUCGCUGGGCCAUUCAAAGAGAGAGAGCAAACCCGCCAUGCCCACCAAACCCACCAUCACCAUUAACCCACCUGCUGCUUCUAUAGCCACCGAUCUCCCUUCCCCACUCGGCCAACUCGCUGCCCAACUCACCGAUGUCGACCUCCGACUCACCGCUUACGAGAUCUUCGUCGCCGCUUGCCGUACGUCCACCGGGUGGCCCCUCACUUACAUACCCUCCUCUGCCAAUAACUCAUCCCAUUCUGACUCCCCCACCCACCAGAACCAGUCUCCCAGCUCGCCUGCUCUGCAGCGCUCGCUUACAUCCACUGCUGCCAGCAAGGUCAAGAAGGCAUUCGGUCUGAAAUCUCCGGGUUCGGGUUCCAAGAAGAGUCCGGGUUCCGCCGGCUCCGGCUCCGGCUCCGGCUCCGGUUCUGGUCAGGGCAAGUCUAAGAAGGCAUUGACGGUGGGUGAGCUGAUGAGGAUCCAAAUGAGGGUUUCUGAGGCUAUGGACUCCAGAGUAAGAAGAGCUCUGCUGAGGAUUUCUGCUGGCCAGGUUGGAAGGAGGAUUGAGUCCGUUGUAAUCCCACUAGAGCUGUUACAGCAGCUCAAGCUCUCAGAUUUUACUGAUCAACAAGAAUAUGAUGCAUGGCAGAAAAGGACCCUGAAAGUUCUUGAGGCUGGCCUACUUUUGCAUCCUCGAAUGCCUCUAGACAAGUCACAGAAUGCUGCUCAGCGGCUCCGGCAACUUAUUCAUGGGGCUUUAGAUAGGCCUAUUGAAACCGGAAGAAAUAAUGAAUCCAUGCAAGUUCUUCGUAGUGCUGUUAUGGCUCUUGCUUCCAGAUCAGUUGAUGGGUCUUUCAAUGAGGCAUGUCACUGGGCAGAUGGGAUUCCUCUGAAUCUUCGGCUCUAUGAAAUGCUUUUAGAAGCCUGCUUUGACAUUAAUGAUGAGACAUCUAUACUUGACGAAAUUGACGAACUAAUGGAACACAUUAAGAAGACAUGGGUAAUCCUUGGAAUAAACCAGAUGCUGCAUAAUCUUUGCUUUACAUGGGUUUUAUUUCAUCAUUUUGUUGCAACUGGCCAAGUUGAAAUGGACCUACUGUAUGCAGCUGAUAGUCAGCUGGCAGAGGUUGCUAAAGAUGCAAAGACAACAAAGGAUCCAGAGUACGCUAAAGUCUUGAGCUCAACCUUGACUUCGAUAUUGGGUUGGGCAGAAAAGAGACUUCUUGCAUAUCAUGACACUUUUGACAGUGGCAAUAUUGAAACCAUGCAAGGUAUUGUUUCUCUUGGGGUUGCUGCUGCUAGGAUUUUAGUUGAAGAUAUAUCCAAUGAAUAUCGCAGGAGGAGGAAGAACGAAGUUGACGUGGCUCGUAGUAGGAUUGAUACUUACAUCAGAUCAUCAUUACGCACCGCAUUUGCUCAGAUAAUGGAGAAAGCAGACUCAAGCAGGAGAGCAUCGAAAAACCAGCCAAAUCCUCUUCCUGUCCUUGCUAUCCUUGCAAAGGACGUUGGUGAAUUAGCAGUGAAGGAGAAGCAGGUGUUUAGUCCAAUACUGAAGGGUUGGCAUCCUUUGGCAGCAGGUUUGGCGGUGGCCACUCUUCAUUCUUGCUAUGGGAAUGAGAUAAAACAGUUCAUUUCAGGUAUAACGGAGCUGACCCCAGAUGCUGUGCAAGUCUUGAGGGCUGCUGAUAAGCUGGAGAAAGAUCUUGUACAGAUAGCAGUUGAAGAUUCAGUAGACAGUGAUGAUGGUGGGAAGGCAAUAAUUCGUGAGAUGCCUCCUUUUGAGGCUGAGGCUGCAAUUGCCAAUCUGGUGAAAGCGUGGGUGAAGACGAGAGUGGACAGGCUUAAAGAAUGGGUUGAUAGGAAUCUACAACAAGAGGUAUGGAAUCCACAAGGGAAUGAAGAAGGAUAUGCUCCAUCCGCUGUUGAAGUUAUGCGAAUCUUUUAUGAAACUUUGGAUGCAUACUUUCAGUUGCCAAUACCAAUGCAUCCUGCAGUGCUUCCUGAUUUGAUGGUUGGCCUUGACAGAUGCCUUCAAUAUUACGUAGCCAAGGCAAAAUCUGGCUGUGGAUCACGAAAUACUUUUGUUCCAACUCUUCCAGCCUUGACCAGAUGUACCACUGGAUCAAAGUUCCAAGGCUUUGGCAAGAAAAAAGAAAAAUCACCAAAUCCUCAGAAGAGGAACUCUCAGGUUGCAACAGUGAAUGGGGAUAGCUCCUUUGGGAUACCACAGCUCUGUGUUCGUAUCAACACUUUGCAUAGAAUCCGGAGUGAGUUAGAUGCUUUGGAGAAAAGGAUAGUUACCCACCUGAGAAACUCUGAAUCUGCUAAUGUGGAAGACUUUUCAAAUGGCUUAGAGAAGAAAUUUGAACUUGCACCAGCAGCUUGUGUGGAAGGGAUCCAACAACUUUGUGAGGCCGUGGCUUAUAAAAUAAUCUUCCACGAUCUAAGUCCUGUUCUGUGGGACGGUCUGUAUGUUGGAGAUCCAUCAUACUCCAGGAUUGAACCCUUCCUUCAGGAGCUGGAAAAGAACCUGCUAAUCAUCUCAAACACUGUGCAUGAAAGAGUUCGUACAAGGAUUAUUACUGACAUAAUGAGAGCUUCCUUUGAUGGAUUCUUGUUGGUCUUGCUUGCUGGAGGCCCCUCUCGUGCAUUUACCCGACAGGACUCUCCGAUAAUAGAGGAUGAUUUCAAAUCGAUUAAAGAUCUUUUCUGGGCCAAUGGGGAUGGCUUGCCGUCAGAGUUGAUAGAUAAGUUCUCAACCACGGUGAGAGGUGUGCUUCCCCUUUUCAGAACUGACACAGAGAGCCUCAUUGAGCGGUUCAGACGUGUGACAUUAGAGACAUAUGGCUCUUCUGCCAGGUCCAGGCUUCCAUUACCUCCAACUUCGGGACAGUGGAACCCAACUGAGCCAAACACACUCCUACGUGUUUUGUGCUACAGAAAUGAUGAAGCAGCUACCAAGUUUCUGAAAAAGACUUAUAAUCUGCCGAAGAAACUGUAACCAACUUGAGACAGGGUGUACAGAAGGCAAGGCAUGCCGUUCAUGCUUGGUUUAGUAGCAGAACAUUCUUUGGUUCUGCUUGUAUCUAUUUAAAGAGUUUUCAGGCAAGAUGCUACUAUACGAUGGUUGGUAGAGAAUAUAUGCGUUUGCACUAGGAAGUAUCGGUGGUCUUGUACGGUUUAUUGGAAAUAUCGAUGGUUUUAACUCAAGCUGUUUAUGAAGAUUUGAAGCUUGGUGGGGAGGGAAUAAAAUGAGAAUCAGACGUCUUGUGGCUUGCUUGUGAGAGACAGAUGGGUAGGUGGAUAUUCUUUGUCAUUUAUUUUUAUUGUUUAAAUAUUUUGAGAUCUUGUUGAUGUUAUUUCUAUUUACAUAUAUCUAUAUAUAUAUAUAUGUUUUUUUU